AUGUGUCUACAAAACCCAUGGAAAACCAUCUGCAUACACACUGCUAAGGAACUGAAGGACAAGGAAGUGAUGGGAGUGGUGAGCAGCAAAAGGCAGGUCAAGGAGAAGGGCAGGAGUGGAUGGAGCCCGGUGAAGACCAGCACCCAGAGCAGAGAGCCCCCACCACUGCCACCCCUGGUUGUGUUUAACCACCUGGCUCCCCCACCUCCUGACACCACGCACCCAGAUCAAGAGAAUCACUUCGUGGUGGCCCUGUAUGACUAUAAGGCCACGAACGACCGGGACCUGCAGAUGCUGAAGGGGGAGAAGCUGCAGAUCCUGAAGGAAACUGGAGACUGGUGGUUGGCCAAGUCUCUCAUCACAGGAAGAGAAGGCUACGUGCCCAGCAACUUUGUGACCCGGGUAGAGACCCUGGAAGUGGAAAAGUGGUUCUUUAGAUCAAUUUGCCGGAGAGAUGCCGAGAGGCAGCUUCUGGCCCCAGUCAAUAAGGCUGGUGCCUUUCUUAUUAGAGAGAGUGAAACCAGCAAAGGUGCCUUUUCGCUGUCUGUGAAGGAUGUGACCACGCACGGGGAGGUGAUCAAACACUAUAAGAUCCGCUCCCUGGAUGAUGGCGGCUAUUACAUCUCCCCCCGGAACGCCUUCCCCACGCUGCAGGCUCUGGUGCAGCACUAUUCCAAGAAAGGGGACGGGUUGUGCCAAAGGCUGACCCACCCCUGUGUGAGCCUGGCCCCCCAGAACCCCUGGGCCCAGGAUGAAUGGGAAAUCCCCCGGCAGUCUCUCAAGCUGGUCAGGAAGCUUGGGUCCGGGCAGUUUGGUGAAGUCUGGAUGGGUUAUUAUAAAAACAACAUCAAGGUGGCCAUCAAGACCUUGAAGGAGGGAACCAUGUCUCCGGAGGCCUUCCUGGGCGAGGCCAACCUGAUGAAAACUCUCCAGCAUGAGAGGCUGGUCCGUCUCUACGCGGUGGUCACCAAGGAACCCAUCUACAUCGUGACGGAAUACAUGGCCAGAGGCUGCCUGCUGGAUUUCCUGAAGACGGAUGAAGGUAGCCGAUUGUCCCUCUCAAGGCUGAUUGACAUGUCGGCCCAGAUUGCAGAAGGAAUGGCGUACAUCGAGCAGAUGAAUUCAAUCCACCGGGACCUGAGAGCAGCCAACAUCCUGGUGUCUGAGGCCUUGUGCUGCAAAAUCGGGGACUUUGGCUUGGCCCGGAUCAUCGACAAUGAAUACACCGCCCAGGAGGGAGCCAAGUUCCCCAUCAAGUGGACCGCCCCAGAGGCCAUCCAUUUUGGGGUGUUCACCAUCAAAGCGGACGUGUGGUCAUUUGGAAUCCUCCUGAUGGAAAUUGUCACUUAUGGGCGUGUGCCCUACCCAGGGAUGACCAACCCCGAGGUCAUCCGCAACCUGGAGCGCGGCUACCGCAUGCCCCGCCCAGACUCGUGCCCGCCUGAGCUGUACAACGGCAUCAUCGCCGAGUGCUGGCGCAGCCGGCCGGAGGAGCGGCCCACCUUUGAGUUCCUGCAGUCGGUGCUCGAGGACUUCCACACGGCCACCGAGGGCCAGUACGAGCUGCAGCCCUAG